AUGACUGAUCCCGUGAUUAUCGAUCGCUAUACCGCUGCAAGAGUUUAUUUUGGCGGCGUUAUUGGCUUAAUAUUCCUGGAAUCACUCAUCCCUUUCAGUAUCUACACCUUCCAAAGAUACAACAAGUAUCGACUUCAAGAUCGAAAUGUCUUGCACUGGAGUAUUACUGUCUGGCUUCACAAACUACACAGCUUCCAGCUUCCUCUCCCGUACUUAGACUGGCACGUCGCCGAUGCUGCUCGCUUCACUGCUUUUCUCACACUCAACUUGAUCUUCAGCGUACAAUCCAACGAGUUCACGGCCGAUUAUACCCUGUACGGCUGGCUAGCAAUUGCCAAUGCUGGUCUCUCACUGCUGAUGGCAUCCCGUAACAAUCUAUUCGCAUCCCUUCUUCGUAUUCCCAGUCCAUUCCUCCUUCAGUACCAUCGCUGGAUCGGCCUUGCAACAGUUGCUCACGCCACAGCCCAUGUAUCGUUCAAUAUUCAGCAUUACAUCGAGACAAAACAGGUCACCACCAGCUUUGGAAAUCAUCGGAUCCAAUUAGGCUUAACGGCCUGGAUUUCUCUAGCCUUACUCUUUCUUACGGCCCUACCGAUUGUGCGACGCCGCUUCUUCGAAGUCUUCUACUACACGCACGCUCUGUUCUUUGUUUUCGUCGUUGGGGCUUUGAUCCAUGCCUCGCAUGGACCGGAAUUCAUGCUUCCGGGGCUUUUGCUCUGGGGAAUUGAUCGAGUGAUCCGAUUUGCAUACAACUUUCGCACCAUCCAAGUGCAGAGUGUCGAGGCAUUCGAUGGAAACGUUACAAAGUUCAAGGUCAAGGGUCUGAGGACUCGUACUCCCGGACAGGUUGUCUGGCUCCAAAUCCCAAGGGUGUCCUUUGUGAACUGGCAUCCAUUCACUGUCGCCAGUGCGCCGAAUGAUCCUGAGAAGACUGCGACAAUCGCCGUACGAGGUCUUGGGGGCUUCACCAAGGCUGUACAGUACGCUGACUGCAACGGUGAUGUGAAUUCGCACGGAUGCGAUUCGUUGGACUCGAACAGCAUGAUGUCUCACCCGCUCAAGAUGCGUCUUGAUGGCCCAUAUGGUGUUGGGUCAGUGUCCUGGGGCUUGCUGCCAGUGACUGUUCUUGUCGCCGGAGGCAUUGGAAUUACGCCAGGUAUCAGCAUUGCGUCUCAUAUCAUCAGACAAACGGGUAUCGAUGUAGGCAGUCGUUUCGCGUCUCACGUUCAUCUUCUUUGGGUCGUCAGAGAUGCUCAGCAUAUCCAGUGGUUCGCAGAUGAACUGGCUGACCUUGCCAAUGCAUGUGCAAAGCCAAAUUCGACAACAACUCUUGAAAUAGCAAUAUUUGUAACUGGUGGAAGGCAUCGUGAGGUUGAGAUGAGCCACCCGUCUCAUGAAAUGCAGGUCAUGAGCUCUCCACAGCCUUGGUCUAUCCAUUCGGGGCGACCAGAUCUAAAGCAGUGGUUCAGGCAGCUCAAGUCUAACCAUCUUGGCAUGGAUGCAGCCGUGAACUUAUGCGGGCCAAGGCAACUCAUUGAGCAAGGUAGAGAGGCCGCAUGUGGUGUUUCUGAUAGAGAAGGACUUUUCUUUGUACAGGAGGAAGUGUUCGAGCUGUAG